UUCUGUGUUAAUUAAGAUCCCUAUAAAUACGUCACAACUGUAGCAACAUUUUCACCAAACGAACACUUCCCACUACUUAGCAUUUUCUAUACAUACAUCACUGAAAUAAUUAAGUAGUUGUUAUUACAAUUCACCAAAACAUGGAUUCAUUCUCUGUUGUGUUGUGUGUGUUAGGGUUAGUGAUUGUGGGUCAUGUGGCCUAUGCCCAAGACUCACAACAAGACUACCUUGAUGCUCACAACGCAGCAAGAUCCGAGGUUGGUGUUCCAAACUUGUCUUGGGAUGACACCGUUGCAGCCUAUGCACAAAACUACGCCAAUCAGCGAAAAGGUGAUUGCCAAUUGGUCCAUUCCGAUGGCCAAUAUGGGGAGAACAUUGCAGGGGGCAGCGGCGACUUUUCCGGCACGGUUGCCGUGAAAUUAUGGGUGGACGAGAAGCAAUAUUAUGAUUAUGAUUCUAAUAGUUGUGCGAGUGGUCAAGUAUGUGGCCACUAUACACAGGUAAUUUGGCGCGAUUCGAUAAGACUUGGGUGCGCCAAAGUAACUUGUAAUAAUAAUGCGGGCACUUUUAUUAUUUGUAGCUAUGAUCCAGCUGGCAACAUUAUUGGCCAAAAGCCUUACUAA